CAAUGCGCCUGCGCGCUGUCCGCCCGGUUCGGGGCCUGCCCGGUGCUGCCGCAGCGACACUGAAGUUGAUGUACAUUCGGGCUCAGUCUCCGUAUAUGAGCGUGGUCACCGCUACGCAGUAUGUCGGUGCUGAGCCCGGUGCAGAUUAAAGAGGCGAACGCGCACUUGGCGGCCGUGCAUCGCCGGGUGACGGAGCUGGAGCGGCGGCUUGAGGCGGCCGAGCGGACGGUGCGGGAACAGGCCGAGCGGCUAAUGGGCAAAGACCGCGAGCUGCAGACCGCGAUCCGGGAGCUCACCCUGCGCAAGGACCGGGAGAUGGUGGACGUGCAGGAGAAAUUGCAGGAUUGCGAAGGGACAGUGCAGAGGCUGCAGACAGUGAUGAAGGAGAAAGACAACGUGAUCGCCCAGCUGAGACACCGCAGUCAGCUGCUGGAUAAAAUCACCCGCAGCCGGCCCCUGCUCGACAACUUGCUGUCAUACAUGGCUGAGGCUGAGCGCUCACAGAGUGACCACGUCCCAAACCUUGAUGCUCAGCCUGCCUUUCUUGAUGACCGUGCACAUUCCCCCCUCUUGGGAACCAAUGGAUUAAUGAACACCAGUCCCAGUGACCAAAAUUUCUCAGUUAGUGAGGAUGACAUGGAGGAACCUGGUCAAGAUGAUGCAAUCUUUGGGACCACGGUUUAAAGCUCUGCAUUAAGAGGUUUGACCCUCCUGUUGAGAGAUGUUAGAAAGAAUCCACAAGUGCCUGUUGUUUCAGCAGAAAUGAACUUCUCCAUGUCUACACCUGUGAAUAUCAAACCUCCACUUACUGUAAGAAGUGAAAACCAGAACAUUCCUAAACAGGGUGCGGUCCAAUUUUUCUGGAUAUCCCAAACACACUAUUCCAAAGAUUCUGGCAUUUUUCACCCUCCAUCGUAAAACUGAGGUUUUUUUUUGCUCUGAACGUAACAGAACAGUGUGUGAUGCUUAAUGAUCAUAGUGUGUUAUUAACAAUGGUGUUGGGGUAUCUCUGGGUUUACCUAAAUCAAUUUUUUUCUCUGAAAACUUGAGAAGGGGGCAGGAGUAGGCAAGUACUGACCUUGUAAGUUCAACAAAGAGGAACCUCCAGCCUUCUCCCUUUCUCAGUGUCUCCCAACCUUUGGAGUUAAUGAAAUAAUCAUGUCAUCAUUGUAAUGAAAUUUGAGGUUGUUCUUAAGAUAGGUGUUUUGAGUGCCUGGAAGGGUAGAAGUUACAUUGUUACAGACAUUUUCAUGUGUAGAGCCUGGCCAUUUACAAGGUACGCAAUUCAGUUACUGCUUAUGAAUGGAGUUUAGCUAGUGGAGGUGGUUAUGGUGCGAUCUCUUGUCUGUAGGGUCUGACUUUAAAUGCAGCCUAGAUUGGAGAAGCCUCUGCUCUAUGUAGGUAUUAGCAGCAUAGUUGUUUAAAUAUUAUCCUUUGUGCCUGGUAAGCAGCAUAUACCCACUUAAAGAGCUGUCUGAAUUGUUAGAGCUUUCAUGCGAGCAGAAAUUCUGUUUAUUCACACUAGCUACCUAUCCUGACAUUUGUAAUCUGUGUCCGUCCGUGUGUGAGCCAGGACCUGCAAAUGUGGGGACUGGAAUCAUCACUGGGAUGGAGUAUUUUCAGGGUUCUCCACCUCAGUUUCUGAAUUCUGCCUUCACCCUCUUAUUAGCCUCAGCAACGCUGGCUGUAAUGGAUUCAAUACCUGUUUGAACCCAUCUAUUAGAUUCCUUGCUGCACCCAAUUUCAAAAAUUCAAACUUCUGUGUUCUUUCUCUAGAGUUAACUGUUUAGAUUAGAUUUAGUUGUCACAUGUACCUGAGUGUAGGAGUACAGUAAACGUGUAGAGUCACCAGUCUCCAGCGCCAUCCCAGAAUAUAGUAGUUAGAAUAAAAAAUUUAGAUUUAAAAACCAAGAGCUGAAAUUAACGAAACAGAAACAAAAGGAGAAGAAAAUGUCCAGAUCACUCUUGCCGCCAUGAGUUUUGAGCCAGGCUGUCAAAUGCUGCCUCUCUUUUUGCUUGAGGUUCCCCCGAUUCUCGUGUUUGGUAGUGUGAACAGAGCUGCCCGUAAAGCUGUGAUGAUGAGGAGCGAGGAAGUGAUUCCUGACCAGUGAGUUGGUCCUACGCUAACAAUCUAAUUUAGUCAUUGAGAACUGGGGACACUGGAUAUGUGCAAAGAACAGUCCCUGUGGGCCGUCCCAAACAGCUGUGAUGUCUUGUGCACCACGCGAUAAUAACAGGGUGAGGAAGUUUUGUGAUAAAGUUCUGACACUGUUGUACCCUGCUUCAAAUACAUCCAUAAACUAGAACAAUGUCCAACAUUAGGACAGUCCAAUUAUUUCUUCAGCACUGGUUUUUAGGUCUUGAUGGCUGUUUUCUGACCAUUGCAGGCACACUCUCAGCACAUGGACUAAAGGCAAAAUACCCUAAAGAGUAUGUAACCAGUUGAACUGUCGUGGGGAUGUGACAUGGUCAGUGGAAAAAAUGGGUGUGCCCUGGGAGCACAAUUCUGCAAUAGGAAGAGGGCAAUUAGGAGAAGAUCUGUCCUGAGAACAAGGUGAUUGGGAGCAAGUCUACCCUUUGAACAGGUCAUUUGGUAAUAAAUGAGUGAACUUGUCCUGGAGGUACAGCAGUGGAUGUUCUAAUAUUCAGUCUACAGAAUAGACAAAUACUUUAGUGAUGUUUUUCAACAAAUGUUUUAUUGCUCAACUUUUACCCAAUAAUGGUGAUUUUAGUAUUUCUGCAAAUUUGUGUGCGAAUUGGCUGCCUGUGUUAGUUCCUGUGUUAGAACAGUGACUACAUUUUAAAAUGUACUCCUUUGAUUGUAUCGCAUGUUGGGACAUUCUCUGGUUGUCAAAGAUACUAUGGAAAUACAAGUCACAGGGAGGCUUUGUUCAGGAACAUGGUGGACCGGCUUGUGGACUGCACAAAAUGCCUUUUGGCCACACACUGAGUAAAUGCAAAUUAAAUGUCCCUAAUAGUAAUUUUUGCACUUUAUUCCAUUGGGAUUGCACAACAGUAACCUGAAGUCUGGCUGGACUUGCAGUCAUCUUCCUUAUAGGGCAUUCAGUGAGUCAUGGUGAGUUAUUGAGGUUGAUGUAAAAUUACAAAUUGUUGGUGCAAGUUUUGGAGUUCAGUUGUUGUUGGGUCCAGAGCUACGCUACUGAUUAGCUGAGAGCACCUUCAUUUCAUUGCAUCAAUUGGUCCUCAUCUGGUGUACAUUGAGUUUUAACAUGGUUCUCAAUUGCAUGAGUUGAGAUUUCAUCUAUUUAUGCUAGCACUUCAUCUGUGAACAGAAAUGUCAAACCAGUACAAUUGUAUUUUAAAGGGAAAUGAAGGUAUCAAUAGCAGCCUCAUUACAGGAAAGAGUCUGCUGUGUGUACACGUAUAAUCUGUCACUAAUUUCUAAUUAUAGUUGAUUUUUUUUUAAACUGUAUUCAGUUUGAACAGUUGUGGACUGAUCAACUCAUAAAUCCCAAAUAACUACAGUGAGGAAGGCUCCUGUACGUCCUUGGAGAAGUUUGGGGUCUUGCAGGCCAGACCACUCAACAUCCAAUGCUGUUGAUGGUGACUAAUUUCUGAUAAAGGAGAGCUGGCAUCAGACACUGAUUGAUGAGUCCUUCUAUCAGAGCUACAAUGUUGAAGGGGAGAGGAGGACCUUAAUCUUUUCUACCAGUCACUCUCUUCUGUUGUGCUCUGCAAACCCCCUCGAUGAACUUGUAAUCCUCACUUUGAAUUUUUGUUUUUUAAAAAAAAAAUCCAUUGCUAUCUAAUUUCAUUCGCUAUUGAGUCACCCUUGCAUAACCACACUGCCUUAUCUAAUCACUUUCUGAUCUCCAUCUUUCAGUGUAACCACUCGCUGAUAUCCAUUACUCUGUACCAGUCCCUCUGAUAUUCAUUAUUCUGUAUAAUUCCCUCUGUUAGUCAUCAUUCUCUGUAUAAAUCACUUUGAUAUUCAUUAUUCAUUGUAGAUCAUUCUAUUCAUUAUUCUGUAUAGAUCAUUCAUUGUUCUCUGUAAAACAGUGUGACAUUCAUUAUUCUGUGUAGAUUGCUAAUAUUCAUUACUCUCUAAAUCACUGAUUCAUUAUUCUCUCUGCAAAUCCCUCUGAUAUUCAUUAUUCUGUGUAAAUCACUGCGAUAGUCCUUAUUCUCUGUGUAAAUCAUUCUCUAAGCUUUUUUUUCCCUCUAUGGAAUCACCUCAUCUACUUUGUGAGAGAUUCUCUGGAUGGCAAUUAUUUUCUAACAUCUGUAAGAAUUAUCAGUAGUCACUAUGUACACCAAUCUCCAUAUAAUCACUCAAGAUAAUGUUUAUGUUUUCACUUCUAAGCCAUAAUCAAAAUCUAGUUUCUAAUUUUCAUAUAAUUUGUGAAAAGCAUGUGUCCAUUGUGCUGGAAUUACAUUAUUAUGUGAAUCUGCUGGAAAUCUGUUUAUUAGUUUGCUGCUCCAGUUCUGAUGGUAGUUUAAGGAUAUUUGUUACAAAAUACAUGGAUGGAAGUUACUAGGCAGUUGACCAUCUUGACUUAAGUUUAAGCAAUAGUGAGCUUUCAAAGUUACUUUUGAACUGAUGUGUUAAGUUCAUAGAGCUCAGAGGUUGGGUGACUGGUCUCGCCCUGGGGAGAUUGUUACAAUGCAUCAUUGCCCUUUUCUCGUUCAACAUUCAAGUUGCUGAUUUAGUUUUAUAGCUGCAAUGUAUAUUACCUGACUGCAACAAUGCACUAAAUCACUUACAAGUUAGGACGUGUAGAAAACCAGUCUGUAUGUACAGAAAAUAAUAACACUUGGUUGUGAGGAGAAAGCAAUCUUGAAGAUGCUUGUAGAUUACAGGUAUAUGCCCAGUACUAGCUUGUUCAUGUUCCCUUACAAUGUAAUCUUUUGUUUCAAGGGUUUUGGGACUAUGGUAUGAUGUUCAUUGUUUGAAAGUUACUGGGUGAAUGUACCACAAGUUGCUCAGGGUUAAUGUUUCACACAUUUGCAGUUUCUGAUCAGCAUUUGUAGACACAAAUCUGAUAAAUUGGUGCCUUUUAUAAAACUGUGCAAUAACUUUA